CCCAGGCAGCUCGGCCAUGGGCUCCGGGAGCUCCCACACCGCCACCAUCCCCGACCUGGACGACAUCAGGCGGGAGACGGGCUUCUCCCAGGCCAGCCUGCUCCGUCUCUACCGCCGGUUCCGGACUCUGGACCAGAACAAGAAGGGUUACCUGAGCCGCACCGACCUCGAACAGAUCGGGGCACUGGCUGUGAACCCCCUGGGAGACCGCAUCAUCGACAGCUUCUUUCCAGAUGGGAAUCUGAAAGUCGAUUUCGCAGGCUUUGUCCGGGUCCUGGCUCAUUUCCGACCCAUAGAGGAAGAAGACACAGGCAACCAGGACCCCAAGGAGCCCGAACCCCUCAACAGCAGGAUGAAUAAGCUUCGCUUUGCAUUUCAGCUCUACGAUCUGGACAGAGAUGGGAAGAUCUCCAGGCAGGAGAUGUUACAGGUGCUCAGGCUGAUGGUCGGGGUCCAGGUGACAGAGGAGCAGCUGGAAAGCAUCACCGACCGCACUGUGCAGGAGGCCGACGAGGACGGAGAUGGGGCUGUGUCCUUCCACGAGUUCGCCAAGUCCUUAGAGAAGAUGAACAUAGAGCAGAAAAUGAGCAUCCGGAUUCUGAAGUGACGGCUGCUUCGUGCACACAGGCCGGCUCUUCCUGGAUUCCCCCUCUGCCCUGUGGAGGCAGGACCCCAAUAAACUGUUUAUUUUUCAGAC